AUGGAACACUUCUUUGACGAAGAAGACCUCCAAGCUACGGGGCUUAAUCUUCCUAGGACAACGUGGCUUGGAUUCGAUCAUGACACAACGCAAUUCUAUGAUGUCGUCGACUUCGAAACAUACCCAUUUCUACGUGGAUGGACCCGGGCUGAACUUCUCGACCUUAUAGUUGGGCGUUUGUCCCGAAGUGCCUCAUACACCUCAUCUAUGCUACAAUCUUGGUUUACUCUUGGGUUCCUUGAAGCAACUUUUAGGCAGCGAUUCGGCACUUGCGAUUUCGUGUCGGGUGAUCAAGUUUUUUGUACGCGCUUCCUUCGGCAGUUCACCAAAGAAAAGAUUGAAGAAGUCUACGAUAUGCCCGAUGCGGAGGUUGUGCAGUUCCUAGAGGCCCUUGAUGAGGCGCAGAAGGUGGCCUACCAAUGGACCGUGAAGCGCGAGUUGAUGGCCAUCGACCUAGCCGCUCUUCUUGAAGCCAAGGACCUCAAGUCAGGUCGUCAUCAGGGAUGUACCAAAAAUUCUUGCAUCGCGUACCAACUGCUAGAAGAGACAUACCAGACGUCUCAUAUCGACUCAUCGUGUGCUUGUAGUUUCAUCGCAGCACCACCUCACCGCCUAGCAGCCAUCCUUCGACAAGGUGAGGUGCCGGUCUUGAACUUGGACGCCCUUUUGGAUGAUUCAAAUGAAGAGACUGUUACUUCACUCAAAGGAAAAGCCAAUUUGAUUACAUUCUCCCAUGUCUGGUCGGACGGCCUCGGCAGCCGUGCUGAGCGAGGCAUUCCUAAAUGCCAAAUCAAGCGGCUUCGCGACUUGGUUGCCACCGCAAACGCUGGUGACGCGGCUCAACCAAGCCUCGCUUGGAUUUAUUCCAUGUGUAUCCCCCGAGAAGAACCCCUCCGGCAUGCGGCAAUCCAAUCGAUAGCUUCUGUUUUCCCAUGGCGUGGAAGACUAUCGUUCUGGACUCGAGCCUCCAAAAUUUUGAUCCCGACCACCGGCCAGCCCAGGAGCUGGCUGUCCGCAUACUAUGUUCGACUUGGAUGA